AUGGCCGACAUCGCGGAACAUAUCGAGACGGCGCCGGUCGCUGAGCAGGAGAACCAGGAAAUGGCAGUAGCGACAACAAAUAACGAAGUCGCGGCGCCAACUGGAAAGAAGGUUGUCAAGAAGAUUAUUCGCAAGAAGAAGCGACCUGCGCGAGCCCAAGUCGACCCCGAUUUCUUCACAUCAGAACCUCCUCCUCAGACCGGUACGAUCUUCAAUAUUUGGUACAACAAAUGGUCCGGUGGCGAUCGAGAAGACAAGUACCUUUCCAAGACCAAGGCGAAAGGCCGCUGCAAUGUCUCAAAAGACAGCGGAUAUACGAAGGCCGACUCGAUACCUGGAAGCUUCUUCUGCCUGCGAUUUGCGCGUGGAAUUUGCCCUAAAGGUCAAGACUGCGAUUUCCUUCACCGAUUGCCAGGCGACUACGAUCAUUUCAAUCCCAACGUCGACUGUUUUGGACGCGACAAGUUCUCCGACUACCGAGAUGAUAUGGGUGGUGUAGGAAGUUUCAUGAGGCAAAACCGAACAGUUUACGUGGGUAGAAUUCACGUCACCGAUGAUAUCGAAGAGAUUGUGGCGCGACAUUUCGCAGAAUGGGGCCCUGUCGAGCGCAUUCGUGUCCUCAACACAAGGGGUGUCGCUUUCAUCACAUACGUCAACCAGGCCAACGCGGAAUUCGCCAAAGAGGCCAUGGCGCAUCAGUCGCUCGACCACGAAGAAGUUCUAAACGUUCGCUGGGCAACUGCCGACCCGAACCCCAUGGCGCAAGCACGAGAGGCGCGCAGGAUUGAAGAACAGGCCGCCGAUGCCAUUCGCAGAGCUCUCCCUGCUGAGUUCGUCGCCGAGAUCGAAGGUCGAGACCCUGAGGCCAGAAAGAGACGGAAGAUUGAGAGCAGUUAUGGCCUUGAAGGAUACGAGGCCCCUGACGAAGUUCACUUUGCUCGAGGAGCUCAAUCUGUCAACCCCCUAGGACGAGAAGGCUUCGAGGUGGAGUACCAGGAACGACCAAUGAUUGAAAACGGAGAGGCCAGCGAGGCACCAGUUCAGAUGCAGGAACAACAGCAACCGCAGCAAGAGACCGGUGGCAUCUUCUCAGGCAGUACCCUUGCGGCUCUUAAUAAGGCAAAGGUAGCGGUGGCAUCGAAACCCAAGGCCGCAGCUUCAGCAGGACCUUUGGUGGGAUACGGCAGCGACAGCGACAGUGAUGAUGAAUAG